AUGGUCCCAGAGGCGAGCUUGGGUCCUUUGUCACUACAGGAUGAAGCUACUGAGCACCUGACGUAUCGUUUGAUGAAAACACCCUGCAACCGCAUCGAGUGGGACGUCGAUUUGAUGGACAGCCAACAUCUCUGUGUCACGGAGAUCGAAGAAUUGGCCCUGGGUUCCGAUAUCAUUUGGUCCAUGAGACGCCAAGGUCACGAGCUUGAUGAGCAAAAGGCAAGCAAACUGUUGAACACAGUGCGGCUGCUUCUCCCAGUGGCAUCCAAAGUAUCUCAUGAUCCUGAAGAUGAGUACCUUACAGAGCUUUUUCAGGAGGACGCCUGCUACUUCGAAGAGCAUGGCUGCUACCCUCCAGACUUCUGAGGUAGAUGAAUAUGUGAGAUAUAUGCCCCAUUUUCGCAGUAUAUCGCAGUAUUGCUCGGGAGGUUCCAAGAUUUCAAGUGGAGCCAACCUUCACAGAAUUUGAAGAGCAAUGACAAUGAAUUUGUGCAAAUUUGAGUGUUGCUGCCGUUGCUCGUGGCAUGUACAGGCCUGUGUGACCAGUCUUUACAAAGCUUGCAAUCACCACAGUGGCAACUCUGCUUUGUGCAUUGAUUCAGCACAAUACUCUUGGAUUUUGGAAAUGGGG